AUGGUUGGAGUCCCUGGGAAAAGCAAAGGUUGCAGCACCUGCCGGCGGCGCAAAAAGGGCUGCGAUCAGAAACGUCCAAUCUGCGGUCAAUGUGCUGCAAGUGGCAAUAUCUGCGGUGGUUACGACCGUGAGCGAACCUUCAUUCUUCAUCCCGCCAGUAAAAAGGUCCAACACGCCAUCUUUGUCGGACGUAACAAGCCCGCUAUCGUUCCUCUCCCUGGCUCAGUCAAUCGCGGAGCAGUGGAAUCACAAUGCAAGAGUCUAUUUUGGGACCUCUAUAUGCCCCAGGGAGAUGCAGCAUGCCGGGAUGACUUUAUAAUCCGGUGUGGCCACCCCAUGAAUUGGGCAGAAGUUAUCCAAAAUGUCUCAAAACAAGAUAUCUCCUUGGCGGACGCCUUUUCAGCGUUGAGCAUUUCAAGAGUCGGUCAAGGCCACAGAGACGUCCGUCUUGUUCAUGAAAGUGCGAAACUUUACGGAAAGGCACUCAAAGAGCUACAGCUCGCGCUCUUCGACCCCCAACGGAUGCAUUCCGAUCACGUCCUCAUGGCGUGUAUGCUGUUGGGGCUUUAUGAAGUCUUUGAGGGUCCGGCAUUCAAUUCACGAACUUGGGUGGCACACGCCACAGGAGCGGCUCGACUGAUCCAACUUCGAGGUGCUAAGGCUCAUCAGAAUUGGAAUGGUCAUCACCCUUUCCUGGCUUCGAGGAUCCCCACAAUAUAUGCUGCCAUUCUACAGAGGAAAGCAACCUACUUGGCUACUGAAGAAUGGCGAACAGUACCCUGGGAGUUCCAGCACAGGACAUAUUUUGAUAGGAUGGUUGACCUGGGCACUUUCAUCCCGGGCAUCUUGGAGAAAUUCGAUAUUCUCCAGGGGUAUCAUUUUGACACGACCCCGGACCUUGCUCAGCUGUUGGAUGAAUGCAGAGACCUGCAGACAAGAAUCAAUAGAUGGAGGGAUGGCACAAAGAAGGGCGCGACGCCACGGGUCGUAGAACACGAUCCAAUCGAGAAGCCUACUUACCCUUUUGCCACCGACUUGUGGUUCGAAAAUCACUUGUUCGCCCACGCACGCCUGGUCUAUUAUACAUGUUCGCUAGCAUUGAGCGAAGUGGGGAAUGAGAUCUUGCACGCUCUUUAUCUCCGAGAUCAAAAACGACUGAGCUCUGUCGACCACGCACUGCUGAAGGAGCUUUUCGACGCGGAAACUCAAGCGGUCAAUAUCUGCCGAUGUGUUUCUUAUUGCUUGCAACCAGACAUGGGAGCUUGGGGCGCUAACAUUAUCAACUUUCCUGCAAAUCUGGCGCUUGCGUAUUAUCGAAAGAGAGGCCACACGGCAGCUACUGAGUGGCUUGAAAGGGCUUUCCAAACCGCAAAGUUGAGAGGACUACACGUCGAGAAUGUCUUCGACGUGCUUCUACCGAGUCUUCGAGAUCGAGACGAUCGAAUGCGGCUCUUGAGAAGAGAAUCGAGUACCGAAUCAUCGGAUAGUAGUGAACACUCGCCGGCUUCGAACCAUAGUGUCGCAAGCCAAACGCUGUCUCACCAUAGUCUAUCGAGUAAUGCGACAACUAUUUUCGUCUAUGAAGAUCCCGCGAAGGACUACGACACGAGCUACGAACCCGAUUGA